GUCGUGCGGCAUCCGGUUUCCGCAGGGAAGGCUUAGGCGGCUGUCCCAGCCUUCUGGCUUCCGAUCCCGUUCCUAGGUUUGUCAGGCUGUGUUCGCUAUGGAAGAACCCGAGAUGCAGCUGAAGGGGAAGAAAGUCACGGACAAGUUCACUGAGAGUGUCUACGUCCUGGCCAACGAGCCAUCCGUGGCCCUGUACCGGCUGCAGGAGCACGUGCGCCGCUCCCUCCCCGAGCUGGCCCAACACAAGGCAGAUAUGCAGCGUUGGGAGGAGCAGAGCCAGGGAGCCAUCUACACCGUGGAGUACGCCUGCAGCGCCGUGAAGAACCUGGUGGACAGCAGCGUCUACUUCCGCAGCGUGGAGGGUCUGCUCAAACAGGCCAUCAGCAUCCGGGACCAUAUGAAUGCCAGUGCCCAGGGCCACAGCCCCGAGGAACCACCCCCGCCCUCCUCAGCCUGAUCCUGGAAGACACUUGGGGCUCCCCCGACCCAGGCCAUAGGCCCUUUGCCAGUCCCAGAGAUUUCCAGCCCCCGAGACAGAGAGGAGAGCCCACAUUUCCUCUGUCCUACCACGUGCCAGCAGCCUGCUUUACCCACGCACAGUCUUAGGCAGAGCCUGACAUGGCAGUUACCCACCCAUCUCUGGGACCGCCCCCGCCGAUCCACUGCCUACCUGUUGUGUGACUGAGUAAACUCACUCCCUCUCUGGUCCCUGCGUUUCCCUUCAGUAAAGGUGGCUCAUCAGGUCCCUGAGAGGGUGCAGGGUACAGAGACAAAUGUACUUCGGUGCAGUGGCUAUUGCUGCGUAACACAGCGUCCCAAAACUCAGUGGUGGUUUACAGCCCCAGUAAUUAACCUACUCAUGAUUCUGCACUUUGGGCUAGGCUCAGCUGGGCGGUUCUGCUGCUCUCCCUGGGGGUCACCGUGGGUGCUCAUGGGAGCUCAGCUGCAGCUGCCUAGUCAGAGGGAGCCCUCACCAGGGCUGUUGGCAGCAGGGGUCAAGUUUUCCUUGUGGCCUCUCCAGCAGGCCAGCCGGGGUUUCUUCUGGUGGCUGGGAGCCCAGAGGGCAGCUCCCAUGCAGAGUGCCACUUUCACAUUUGUGGGUGGCCCAUUGGUUGAAGCCAGUCACGUGGCCAGGCCCAGGACCAGAUGGGAGAGGACCACACAAGCGCAGUAUGAGCCCUGGGAGGUGCGGCUGACCAUGCUUGGAGAGUGUGGUGCCAGCAAAGACCUGACGUGUCAUCAUUCUGUAUCUGUGAUGGGCAGAUGCAGGCAGUUCCAAGGGGCACCAGGGACUUACCAAGCCCCUGCCUGUUGGCCAGUCACUGUGAUUGUCCUUGGUGCCAUGGAGGUCCUCUCAGAGGUCAAGGGGAGGCAGGUAGAGACAGAGCCUCUGCAGGCCCUCCAAGCUGUGGCCCCAGAGCCCCGAGGCAGCUGAGUUCUUGUGUUCAGUCAGACAGCACUUAGCGGGCACUGCAGUCAAUCAGAGAGCACUUACUGGACACCGUAGGCAGCAAGCAUUUAUUGAGCACCUCUGGCAAUUGAUGAACGCUUCCUGAGCACCUGCUCACGGCAGGCAUAGCUCUGAGUGUGGAGUGGUGAGGAAUGCCACAGGCUAAGUGGUGGCCUGGGAGCUUCCCAGGGGGGCUGAAGCAGGAGGGGCUGCCUGAGGGGGUCAGCAGCCCACCCCAGUGCCCUACGAAGCCCUGCCCACACCCCCAACCCAGCCUCUGUCUCCCCAGUCCCAUCCCCCACACCCUGGUCCCUCCCACUUUGUGCCUCAAGGACACUGCCCCUCUGCCCUCCUCACUCCCCAGCGUCUGCUGUCCCCUCCGCUGCUGCUCCCAAAAGGAUUGCUCUGUGUCUCAUCCUGUCCCUGUGGAGUCCCUCUCCUCUCCCCAGAACUGCCAGCCUCAUGCCCCCUCUCAGAGCUUUUUUUUCUUUUUUCUUUUUUUUGAAAUGGAGUCUUGCUCUGUCACCCAGGCUGGAGUGCAGUGGUGCAAUCUCAGCUCACUGCAAAUUCUGCCUCCUGGCAGAUUCUCUUGCUUCAGCCUCCCGAGUAGCUGGGACUAUAGGUGCCCGCCACCUUCCUGGACUAAUUUUUGUAUUUUUAGUAGAGGCAGAGUUUCACCACGUUGGUCAGGCUGGUCUCAAACUCCGGACCUCAGGUGAUCUGCCUGCCUCAGCCUCCUAGAGUCCUGGGACUACAGGCGUGAGCCACCACAGCCGGCCUCAGAGCCUCUCAUUCCCACUUUUUCCCCAAAACUGCACCCCUUGGGGUCAUCAGCGACCUUCACAGGGUCCCAAACAGUGCCCCAUUUUACAGAAGAGGAAACCAAGGCCCCGAGAGGUGAGGCAGCCAACCCAGGAUCACCACCCACACCCAGAAGUGCCAGGAUUCCCACCCAGACCCUGCCACCAAGCUCCACCUUAUCUUGGCCCAGUUUCACCCCUCAGGUGCCACCUCAUGCCCUGGCUCCAUCUCAGACAACCCUGACCCUCGCCCCUGCUCCCCAGCCUAACCAAAGCUGGGCCAGGCAGACACUGAAGACUGAGCAGGUGCGGCCAGCACCUUUGUCCUGCUCUCACCUGGAACCUCCGGGCCCCCAACAGCCCUUGCACCAAUGACUGCCAUCAAAAUAAUCCUGACUAUACACCCACCAUGUCCCCAGCCCUGGGCUAAAGUCUUCGCAGGGAUCAUCUCAUUUCAUCCCCAGACAGCCCCAAAAGGCAGUCUCACCCCAAAUACAGAUGGACAGAGAGGCUCUGCCAGGCAUGGUGUUUGGCACCUGUAAUCCCAGCUACUCAGGAGGUUGAGGCAUGAGAAUCACUUGAACCCAGGAAGCAGAAGUUCCAGUGAGCCAAGAUGGCGCCACUGCACUCCAACCUGGGCGACAGAGUGAGACUUCGAGCCCCUGCCCCUGCCCCCACCAACAAAAACAAUAAGGACACAGCCAGAGAAGAGCAGCCCCGGGCCUGGUGUGUUUCUAGUCCUGCCUGCCUCUGAUGCACGUGUGAUGCAGGCCUGGCACCGGCCCUCUCUGCAUUUCCUUUUAUUUUCCUUUCUUUUUUUAAAAAAAUUAUUUAUUUAUUUAUUUGAUAAAGAUGGGGUUUCACUAUGAUGGCCAGGCUGGUCUUGAACUCCUGACCUGAGGUGAUCCACCCACCUCGGCCUCCCAAAGUGCUAGGAUUACAGGUGUAAGCCACCGUGCCCGGCCUAUUUUCCUUUCUUUCUUUCCCUUUCCUUCUUUCCUCUCUUGCGCUCUCUCACUCUGUCACCCAGGCUGGAGUGCAGUGGCACGAUCUCGGCUCACUGCAACCUCUGCCUCCCUGUCUCAAGUGAUCCUCCUGCCUCAGCCUCCCCUGUAGCUGGGCCUACAGGUUCACACCACCACUGCCAGCUAAUUUUUUGUAU